CAAAGAAACGGGGGAACAAUACAGGACACUCGCACACUUGCUGGUGGGGGAGGUGUGUGUUCGUUUUCUCUCCGCCGUCUCCCGUUGGAAAUUGUCCUUUCUUGCUUACGCAGAUCCCAUCUGAUCACUUGCAUCAUCUUAGAAGAAGAUUUCGGUUCUUGUAUUAUCUACGAAUCUGAUCGGUGGUUGUCGCACGCAUUGUGUCUCCAUUUUUUUUUUUCAACUCGCAUCGGUGGUCAUCGGUCUCACCUUGAAAGACACUGCCCAGCUCGGAGAUUAUUUGUCACGCAGUCGUCUGUUGACCACUUGCAGAAUUCUGGUGGAUAGGUCACCUUCUACCCUGCAACCGUCCUGACUGAUUCCGACUCUGCUGUCCAUUAUCCUUCUGCUCCGUUUCGAUGACCCGGUAGCAUCGACGCUUCCACAGCUUUCAAUACCUGUAAAAAUUCUUGUACAAAAGCACGACACUCCAUUUUGUCCAUACCCUCCUCUGUACAGCUCUUCCAAGCUACACGUACUAUUUCAGUAGUUUUGUACAACACGACCGACAUCUGUUUAUAAAAACCAUUUUAACACACACUCGGCAACACCUCCGUACCUCCGACCAACGCUCAACAUCUGUUUAAUUAUUGUUACGAUCCGCAAGCAUGGGUGAUUACAGUGGAAUUGCGCAACCAAAGGCGAAAAACCAGCCUCAAGGACAGUUGGCCGCCCUUUUGCAAAGUCCUCUCAACUGGGACAUUGAACCAAUGAACAUGCCAAAGGAAAUUGGCAGCAGGUCAAGUAGUGCACCUCCCGCCGGCAUUCUAAUGCCAGAAGGACCACGGGAGGUGGAAGAACCUGUCGUUGGCUCGGCCACCGAUCCCCGUAGAGAUCCUGAAUAUGCCGCAUACUAUUAUCAUGCGUCAAGGCUAGACCCUCGUCUUCCUCCGCCUAUCUAUGCACCCGGCCAAUCAUGGCAAGUCUGGGCGCCGCCUGGGGUGAGCGGGAAAAACAAGGGACCUGAGGUGAUGACACAGGCACCUGGGAAGAAUUUGGAAAAGUUUAGAGGCUUCGGCAUGGAUGAUGAUUUCCUCAGUGAUCAUCCGCUAGAUGAAAGUUUGGAGCCAGAGGGCUUGUCGACAAAGGAUGGUAACGAGUAUCGGUCACGCAGUAAAGCGCCUUUGCCUGAUGCCAGAGCGGCCGCAGCAGAUGCUCGCUUGAGCGAUCCGCGAUUAUCCGAUCCUCGCUUGGCGGACCCAAGAAUGGUCGACCCGCGAAUGGCAGAUCCUCGGUUGCUGGACCCGCGUUAUGGUGAUCCUCGGUUAGGUGAUCCUCGAGUGAGCCCUGCAUCUGCCUGGAGUAACGGAGAUCUGCCGUCUCCUAUGUCAAUGCGAGGGGUUGACCUGGCAAGCUCUCCAUCCAAGCGGAGAAACUUGGUGGAUUUAAUUCAGGAAGAUUUCCCACGGACUCCUUCUCCUGUUUUCGCAACUCGGCAAAGAAUGGGCAUGGAUGAAAGUGGCGAAAAGCAUGAGCUCAAUGAUGUAUUGAGAGAUCAAAUGCGCGCCGAACUUGAAGCGCAACUAGAUCAUUCCAACGACGAUGAGCGAUCUAGAAUGGCCGCUGUCCUUAGUGCAGCAAUGGACACUCGUGAUGAGUUGGCAACGGCCCCACCUCAGCGCUCCGCAUCCACUCCGCCGUCGAAUGUACACUACAAUCAACUGCGAAAUGCCAUGCUACAAAAUUAUGAAGAUGAGAUCCCACCAGAACUCCUACUUUCGAUGAGAAAUGUGAACCUAGGCGAAUCAUCAUCCCAACAAAGAGUUGGCAACAAGCCACCAAAGAUUGCGACUGGUUUUGAUCGAUUAUACUCGGAUAUGUCUGCCCCUCGCAGCGCCGGCGCCUACCUUGGUGGAUCGGCGCCAUUGGCAAACUCGCUCAUGGGAGGUUAUCCAGGGACUUCAAGAGGUAGAGAAGCCGAGAUGCUAGCUGCCUUAGAAUUACAGCAACGCGCAGCCGCAGCUCGCAGCCCCAUGUUUGAAGAAGAACUGCGGACGGGCGCCGCUCUCGGUUUAAACCAUCCCAGUUUUGAUCACAGACGAUCCUAUCCUGCUGGUAUUCCAGAUGAUUUGGCUUUGGCAUAUGCGUCUAGAAGGGCGGCUGCCAAUCAACUCUACGAACCGAGUAUGUUGCAAGCCUUAGCAAAUCUGAACGGUGGGAUGCCGGUAAAUAUGCCCAUGAACAUAGGGCGUGGCGGGGGAUCUCUUUCUGAAAAAAAGCUGCGUUUGCUUGCCCAACAACAGUUGCUUCUUCGUGAACAAAUGCUUCGACGCGAAUAUUUUCAACAGUUGAAUGGAUUUCCUCCAGGCCGCAGACCUAUUCCCUCUGAUUUACCUUCACCCGGGGGACUAGCCGAUCCUGGACAUGGGAUGCGCAGCGCUCUCUUGGAGGAAUUCCGUAAUAAUAAGAACAAGAAGUACGAAUUGAGGGAUAUCGUUGGGAGUAUCGUCGAGUUUAGCGGAGAUCAGCACGGAUCGCGGUUUAUUCAACAGAAGCUCGAAACAGCCAACAGUGAGGAAAAGCAGUUGGUGUUUGACGAAAUAUUACCAAACGCUCUCCAGUUGAUGACCGAUGUAUUCGGUAACUACGUUAUCCAGAAGUUUUUUGAACAUGGCAACCAGAUUCAAAAACAGAUCCUAGCAAAGCAAAUGGAAGGACAUGUCCUCUCCUUGUCACUCCAGAUGUACGGAUGUCGUGUCGUUCAGAAGGCGCUCGAGCACGUGCUCACGGAUCAGCAAGCAGUCUUGGUGCGGGAGCUCGAUGGCAACGUUCUUAAAUGUGUCAAAGAUCAAAACGGCAACCAUGUUAUUCAGAAGGCGAUUGAGCGCGUUCCUGCAGAACAUAUCAAAUUUAUCAUUGAUGCCUUCCAUGGGCAGGUGUACGCUCUUGCUACGCACCCAUACGGCUGCAGAGUGAUACAAAGAAUAUUUGAGCACUGUGCUGACGAGGAGACAAAACCACUACUAGAAGAGCUUCACCGCUAUACGAUCAAUCUCAUUCAGGACCAGUACGGCAACUACGUCAUCCAGCAUGUUCUGGAGAGAGGAAAGCAGCAGGACAAGGGUUUGAUCGUUAGCAAAGUCCGUGGGCAGGUUCUGCAACUUAGCAAACACAAGUUUGCAAGCAACGUUGUCGAAAAGUGUGUCGCCUUUGGUAGCAAAAAGGACCGCCAGCAAUUGAUUGACGAGGUUAUUCAAACGAGACCUGAUGGUACCUCUCCCCUAAUCUUAAUGAUGAAGGACCAGUUCGCCAAUUACGUUGUACAGAAGAUGUUGGACGUUGUUGAUGGAGAACAACGUGAGAUCUUGGUUCAAAGGAUCAAGCCACACUUGCCUUCUUUGAAGAAGUACACUUAUGGGAAACAUUUGAUAACAAAAGUCGAAAAGUUGGUGAUGCAACACAACAUUCAGUAAACGGGGUCAAGUCCGUUGAAAGGACGCGUGUAAAGCAAUCGCGCACUGACUCGAUCAUCGACUUUGUCAACACGCCGUAUUUCCAUCGCACUUCGCCAUUACCCAAGUGUGGACACUGCGACUUUUGAGUGAAUAUCUGGCCAGCAUGAGCAUUUUUGGUUGAAUAUCUUGCUUCUAAGUUGGUUGGGUCUGGACAGUCCGGUUUUCUUCUAGUUCCUGUUUCCAGUUUUCGUUUUGUAUUCAUAGAAUUGUUGGGUUGUGUAUAAGGGUUGUAAUACAUGGUGUUCAGGGGUGCCCGAAGAGUACAUACGCUCCCACAUAAUAUACGCUUCAGUGUAAGCUCUGUUCCCUG